GAAAACCAGACUUCCGAAUUCUAUAAGCAUUAAAUACACCUGUCCAGCAUUAUAUAUAUCCUACCCACUGCGGUUGCUUUCCUGCUUGAAAGCAAGUAAGAAAACAAGAAAGGCAGAAGAUAGGAAGAAAGAUAGAAAGAUAAUUCUCUGAGUUACAACUAGCCACUGUUGCAGAGUUAAAACCAUUCCUUUGAUCCUUUCAUCUCCUCCUUCAUCCCUUCAUCUCUUACAAUGGAAGCCAACUUCCCCCAUUCCUCGACAAUGCCGGCGAACCCUCAGAUUGACUGGACGGCCAUGGUUAUGCAGAUGGAGAAGCUCACGGAGUUCUCUGAUUCAUCAUCAGCCUACAGCGCUCCUCCAACUCCUGCUUCCCCAGUCUUCAGCUCCUUCCAAUCACCUCCCUCCGUUGCAGAAGAAUAUCUCCCCGCGCCACCCCACGGGCCGGCCGUCUCCGUCGACUCGAUGCGGGAAAUGAUAUUCCGCAUCGCGGCUAUGCAGCCGGUUCACAUCGACCCGGAAUCCGUCAAGCCGCCGAAAAGGCGGAACGUGAGGAUAUCCAAAGAUCCGCAGAGCGUGGCGGCGCGCCACCGGAGGGAGAGAAUCUCCGAAAAGAUUAGAAUCCUGCAGCGGCUUGUGCCCGGAGGGACUAAGAUGGACACGGCGUCGAUGCUGGAUGAGGCAAUUCACUAUGUCAAGUUUCUUAAGACGCAGGUGCAGUGUCUCGAGCGCGGUAGCUCCGGCGGCGGUUCAGGCCGGAGUGUGGGGUACGCGCGCGCGGGCGCGGCAGCUCCGACGUUGGCGAACCAGAGUAGUGCUUUUGGGUUCUUUGAAGCUGAUUAUCUAGCAACGGGGCAUGGCUUCGCUGAGCAAUGAAUGACUUAAUUUCAGUACGUAUCUGCAGAUAUGGAAAGGGUUGCGGUGAGAGGCUUCGUUUCUUAGCUAGUUAGGUAAUCAGUAGAAUUUCAGCUCUCCCUCCCUUUCUCGUAUUAGUUUGGUUUUAUGUGAUGAUUGUGAUCGAUUAAUUGAGCUUUGUGUAAACUAUUUCAUGUGGUCUGUUAAUUUCUAUUGUUGAAUAUGGAUAUUUUGUUUUAUUCU